AUGAAGAUAAAGAAGACAUUGCAAUUAUCAAGGCUUCAGAACGAACAUAUAGGGUUGUAACGGAAUAUCAUAAGAAUCCAGAUAAUACAUCUAAUUUAAUUUUUUUUUAAAAUCAUAAGAUAAAAUAAAAAUGAGAUAUGGCAGGCAGUAUUGGCUUUUUUAAAAAUAAUUACAUCAAUUUAAAUAUCAAAAAAGAUAGAGAAAUAUAAGAAUAAUGCUGGAUUGUAUGCAAGAAUGAAAGAUAAUGAUAUAUAAAUAGGAUUUGGAUUACAUAUGGGAUGGAAUAUAGAAGGAGUAAUAGGUUCAUCUUUUAAAAUAGAUUUUUCAUAUUUUAGUUCUAAUUUUGAUAUUACAUUUAGAUUUGGAGCUGUUACUAAAUAGUUUGGUUCAAUUAUUUAAUUAGUGGCGUAUUAAAAUAAUAUUUAACUGAUGAAUGUCAAAAAUAAUUAAGAAUAAUUGAUAUGGUUACUGUUGAAGAAAAUAUUGAAUCAAUUGAAAUUCAUACUAUAAAUAUAUCCAUAAAGAAUCUUAUUUAAAAGUUAAAAUAUUAAAGUUACAAAUUUGAUACAAGCAAAAUGAAUCAAAAAGAAUAAUAAAAUUUUAUGGUAAUUAAUAGAUUCAAAAAGAAUAAUUAUAAAAAGAUGUUUAUAACGACAAAGUUAAUGUAGUAGAUCUUUUUAAUAAUGAUGAAGAACUUAUGUAUUGCAGAGAACCUUUUACAAAAGUAUUCAUUUAUAUAUGUCAUUUGUCUAGGUAUUCUAUCAAACUUAGAAUGAAGGGUUUUAAUAUUAUGUUUAAGGUUCCUGGGGUAAAGCAUAAUCUAUAUUCUAAAAAACAUUAGUAUUUUUUUAUAUUUAUUUUCAAGUGGUUGAUUCCUCAAUAUAAGGAUGGACCAUCUAAUACACUUUUAAAUGUAAUAAAUUCUUAUGUUGGAACGGCUCCACGUUUUUGA